AGACAGACACACACACACACACACACUCAUCUCCGCUGAGAGCAGAAACAGCACCUGCUGAACCAUGAAGACUCUGGGGCUCCUGAGCGUCUGCGCUCUGCUGUCUGUGUGCGCAUCCAUGGGAGUGUACACAGAGGCUGAACCUGCUGCUGAAGUGGCUGUGGAUGUUGUGGUUCCUGAAACUGGAGCUCCGGUAGACACUGCCUCUUCAUCGUCAUCAUCAUCAUCUGCCUCAGACUCUGAUUCCGCUUCCUCAGAGUCCAACUCCGCAUCAGACUCCGCAUCAGACUCCGCAUCAGACUCCGCAUCAGACUCCACUGAUUCUGCAUCUGACUCCACAUCUGACUCCGCUUCAGACUCCUCCUCUUCCUCCUCUGAGUCAAACUCUGCCAGUGCUGAAGGCACUCCUGCUCCUCAUGUGCUGCUGAAGCGGAGUGUUGCUGCAUCACUGCUGCGCCGCCGGAGAGCAGGAACACCUGCAGCUGACCUCACACCUGUGCAGCUGGAGAGUUUGCGAGAGGUGUGUGAGGUUAAUCUGGCCUGUGAACACAUGGCUGAGACCGCCGGGAUCGUAGCGGCUUACACUGCAUACUACGGAAAAAUUCCAUAUUAAACACACCACACGCACACACACACACACACACACACACACACACACACACACACACACACACACACACACACAGUAAUUAUGUCUUCAUACUGAGCUGAGGAUGUCUUCAGCAGCUGUCCUGACUGAUGUAGUGUGGUGUAUGGCAGAACACAGCGCUGGGGUUUCAGGCUCGCUGUGGGAAAUCCUCACGGCUGCUUCAGCUUCACAGGGAUUGAGACACGAUCAGUGCAAUGAUUCUGCUGAAGUGUGUUUAGCUUGAAGAUAUGACGCCCGUGUGUGUGCAGAUAUAGUAUAAGGAAGCAUAUAUAAAUAUGAAUAAGUCGCAUUAGCUAGAUUUGUGAAGUAGUGAAUGAGUGAUUGUUGUGAAUUCUCUGCAGACGGAUGCUCCUCUGUCAUGUCCUGUAUAUAAACAUGAGGUCGACAUGUUACCUGAAGCUGUUGACAUUUUUGUCAAUAAUACGUUAUUUUUGUGCACAUAAUACUUGUAUAGGUCAUUUACAAUAAAAGUUUAAAUAUGUGAA